AUGGAUUUAUCAGUGCUGGCACUAUGUACCCUAUUGUUGGGUUUGUGUCUGUGGAAGAUGAAUGAUUUGAUAUAUAGAUAUAAAACCUACAUUGCUCUGUAUACCUCUGACAAAGUGAUCAGGUUUGGAAAGUUCCAUCCUUUGUGGGGACAUCUUCAUCUGUUAAUCCCUCUUACUAAAUUCCAUGAGUUGACUGUGAAAGGGAUGCGGGAAACGGGGAGAAAAAUAACCUGCUAUUGGUUGUCUUUCCUUUAUCCGAUACUGGGCGUGUGUCAUCCGGAUACAGUCAAGAUACUUUUAAAGUCAAGCGAACCAAAGAAUAAACAGGCAGGGGGUGGCUACUUUACUCUACUUCCGUGGUUAGGAGACGGGUUACUAAUCAGUGAUGGUAAGAAGUGGGAGAGGAACAGACGGUUGUUGACACCAGCAUUUCAUUUCGACGUUCUCAAACCUUAUGUACCUAUUUAUAACCAAGUGUUCGACAUCUUUCUGGACAAGAUUGAAAAGGCGACCAGUGGAGGACAGAGUACAGAGAUUUAUCACAGGGUUGGGUUGGCUACCUUGGAUACUCUACUUCGAUGUGCCGUGUCGUACGAGGACAAUGUACAGGAACAGGGAUCAAAUCACCCUUAUGUAAAUGCUGUGCGGAUACUUACCAACAUUUCACUCAAGAGAAUAAUGGAACCUUGGUUACACCCAGACAUAGUAUUCAAUAUGUCAUCACAUGGAAAGAAGUAUCAUAAAAGUGCGAAGUAUGUACACGACUUCGACGAAAGAGUCAUUCGAGAAAGAAAACAGGCAUUGGAGGCCGACAUGUCAGUGUUGACGAAGCGACGACGGGACUUUCUAGACAUUCUGUUGACCGCUCGAGAUGAGCACGGCGUUGGACUGACCGAUCGUGAGGUCAGGGACGAGGUCGAUACCUUCCUCUUUGAAGGACAUGAUACAACAGCUUCGUCUCUAAGUUGGGCCAUUUACUCGUUGUCAAAGAACCCAGAGGAUCAAGAGAAAGUCUACGAGGAAGUAAAACGAGUUCUCGGUGACAGGACAGAUGUUGACUGGUCUGAUAUCAAAGAGUUUUCUCAACUGACCUUAUUCCUGAAGGAGUCCAUGCGCAUGUUUUCCCCAGUACCAUCAGUUGGUAGAAUCACAACUAAAGAAAUAGACCUUGACGGUCUCAAAGUUCCCGCCAAUAUGGAGAUAUAUGUGUUGAUAUAUGCACUCAACCAUCGACAGGAUAUAUGGGGAGAUCCCGAGAGGUUCAGACCUGAUCGAUUUUCAAACGAUGCUGAAAAAGAUCCAUACAGUUACGUGCCUUUCUCUGCUGGCCCAAGAAACUGUAUUGGUCAACAUUUCGCACUUAAUGAACAAAAGGUUGCCCUUGCAAAAUUACUUCAAAGAUUUAAAGUAUUGCCAGACCCCGACCACCAACCGGAAAUAGAUCUUGAUCUUGUUCUGCGGUCUACAAACGGAAUACGUAUAAAGUUACAGAGAAGAUAAAGUGUACUUCCGGGUGAUCGUCAUGUCGUAUUCCUUGGUGAUAAGUGAUGUGGGUGAUCGUCAUGUCGUAUUGCUUGGUGAU